AUGAUAUAUUCAAGAAGGUCGACAAUCUACGACCUAGUCAGUCUUAGCGAUUGUAACCUAGUAAACGUAAUUGAAAAUUAUCAAAUGAAAUACUAUUUUUAUCACUUAUUGUCAUGGCCACACUUGACAAAUAUAACAACGAACCUCAGGGGAAGAGUUUGCGGAUACUCAAUGGCAAAGCUGGAGGAAGAUAAGAACAAGGCAGGACACGUUACAGCUGUCGGAGUCUUGAGAUCGUUCAGAAACAUAGGAAUCGCAAAGAAAGUAAUACGCCAAACCCAUGUGGCGAUGAAGGAAGUCUACGACUGUGAUUGCACGUAUUUGUUUGUUAGAGUGACAAACUGGGCAGCACAUUCACUGUACAAAGGGCUCGGAUACUUUGUGGACGAGCUGUCGAAAGAAUACUUUUACGACAAGGAAGAUGCAUAUUCAAUGAAACUAAUCUUCAAACACAAUUUAUAA